GUAAACCAUUUACAAUUUAACCAUUUCUUUUGAUUAUAAAAUCAAUAUCUCUGGCACUUUUCGGCUUCAAUAAAAAUUGCUUAAUAAAUUAAAUGUGUUAUUAUUUUGUUCGCGGCACGGCGGGCGACUGGCGCGCACAUCUGCCUCACAGUUGAGAGGUUGCGGGUUCAACUCCUGCCUCGCCCGUGUGGAGUUUGCAUGUUCUCCCCGUGCCUGCGUGGCUUUUCUCCGGGUACUCCGCUUUCCUCGCAGAUCCCCAAAACAUGCACGGGGUAGGUUGACUGAAGACUCUAAAUUGCCCGAAGGUGGGAAUGUGAGUGCCAAUGCUUGUUUGUUUCUAUGUGCCCUGUGAUUGGCUGGCGACCGGUCCAGGGUGUUACCCCGCCUCUCGCCCGAAGUGAGCUGGGAUGGGCGCGAGCACGCCCGCGACCCACGUGAGGAGAAGCAGUACGGAAAAUGGAUGGAUUAUUUUGUUAUUAAUCAUGAUAGUAUAUUACUAAUCAUGACUUCCUUACUUCCUGUGAGGGCUCUUGAUUGCUCACUAGUAACUUAACAGUGUCACAUAAAAGUCUUAAAAUGUCUCAAGAGAAAGAAUGUUUUUUUUUGUUUUUGUUUCUUGGCAAUUGAUUGUAACUUCGCCUUUUAUGUGAGCAAUGCGGCUCAGAUUCACAAAACUUCUCUUGGCACGACUUUUUUGGCACAAAAGAGGAAGUGCAACUCAGAGACCAACAAAACAUCUGAUUUUGAGUGCAAAAAUGCCCGAGACUGAAGUUCUCUACUCAGAUUUGGUUUUCGUCAAAUCACGGGGAAAUCAAAGCAAGGACGCAGCCUCAUCAGCGCCUGAGAAAAACUACGCCGAAGUCAUCGUGGCGAAAACACAGUCGAAGCCACUGCACGGUGCCAAGCCAGUGAGGUCAAAGUUGACGACGGAGAGAGUGGCCUUUGUGGUAGUGUGUGUUCUCCUGGUGCUCGCGCUUGUUGCUCUUUGUUACAUCUCUUACCAGAACGUUCAGAGCAGGAAGAACCUCCAAAGACUGAAGGCUGAACCCGAGGUGUGGAAAGCCAGUCAGUCAGACGGCCAGAUCUUCCAAAAGGACGCCGUCUGCAGGAGUUGCGACUCAGGUUGGGAGCUUGACGGAGAAAGCUGCUACUUGUUCACGACCAACCAGCGCACCUGGGAACAGAGCAGAAGAUUUUGCCAGCUUAGGAAUGGGAACCUGGUGAAGAUCGACAGUCGCGACGAGCAGAGCUUUGUGGAGAGGAGACUGAGGGACAAAAUGAGCUUCCAGGAAGACAAGUUCUGGAUCGGCUUGACGGACUCCAAGCAGGAGGGUCGAUGGCUUUGGGCGGACGGCUCGCCUCUGGACCCGAGCUUGAGCUUGUGGGGCAGGAACGAGCCUGACAACUGGUCGGGGGAAGGCGGCGGCGAGGUCGGUGAGGACUGCGUCCGCAUGGGCGAGAAGGACGGCGCUCACGACCUCCUGUGCUGGUUCGACAAAGCCUGUGACGUCCCGCAAAGGAGCGUCUGUGAGAAGACGGCGCGGAAGGGACGGCCGUCCUGCGAAUUCCUCUGAACACAAUUUCUCUUUUGAAGUCCACUGAAAGACAACAUAGAAUGCUGUAAUAGUUCAGGCUAAAAGUAGACAAAGUCAGGUCAAAGUGACUUUUGAUUUGUUGAACGUAAUCCUUUUGACUGGAAAUGACCCAAUAAAAUGGCCAAAAAUUCA